UCCCCGAAGUUAAAAAAGUUUAAAGUAAGUUCGUAGCAAAACAAAGAAGGGCAGCUGAAAAAAGCUAAAAAACAAUGAGUGAAACGGGGCUAGCGACGCAGACUAAUGGCACCGUGGAAAACGGGGACUGCUUCGACAUCCUAAAGGUUUCCACCCUCUUCGAGAGCAGCCUCCUGGACGAGAAUGACGUACUAAUGGACGCCUACUUGGCAGCCUAUGAGGACAUAAUGAAGUUCUUCCAGCUGAUGGGCAGUGUCUUCAGUUUUGUCAGCAGCGAUGUGCGCAGCAAAUUAGAUAUAUUAUACGCCCUGCGGGCCAAGGACACGGAGGAGCUGGAGCACUUCAGCAGCUUCAGGACGAUGCUGGAGUACGAAAAGGAGGCCCAGCUGCUCAAUCAGAAGGGCUACGUGUCCGGGAGUCGCACCCUACUACGUCUUCACCGCGGUUUGGACUUUGUGUACGAGUUUCUCAACCGGAUCCAGGCGCUACCCGACGACCAAAAGACCGUGGACGUGUGCAAGGCGGCCUACGAUGACACCCUGGGCAAGCACCACUCGUUCCUCAUCCGCAAGGGAGCCCGUCUGGCCAUGUAUGCCAUGCCCACGCGGGGCGACCUCCUGAAGAAGGUCUGCUCCGAUGUGGAGGUGGCCAAGGAGAACCUGCCCACCAUGCUGGAGCACAUGCGAACGAACUACGACCGCACGGAACAGCUCUACACGCUCCACGACCUGCACAGCCUGCCCUAGAAUCUACCCAGUAUAUUGGGGUGCUCAAGAGAUCUGAUAAAGUGAUAAAUAGCCA